AUGUCAAAUGUAAACCCUAUAUCUCCCUCCUUAUUCUCAAAAUGGUAUAACACUCUCCAUACCCGGUGGACCUCAACACCAACCUCCUACUCCCAACUCCCCCAAACACCACAAUUGAACCCCCCAGACCUAUCUACUAUAAUGGAAACAGAAAUAGCUCAACCACCAAAAGCCCACUGGCGCAUAUACUGGUUCGCGCUCGUACUCUGCACCGGCGGAGCCUUGUUCGGCUAUGACUCGGGCGUAAUUGGCGGGGUCCUAACCUUCCAAACCUUCCAAACCUCCUUCUCAAUCCCCACCACCAAAAAAACCCACACAAGCGCCAUCGCCGUAGGAAUCCAACAAGCCGGCGCCUUCACCGGCUGUUUCCUCAUCUGGCCAAUAACAAACCACUACGGCCGUCGCGUCGCAAUGGGAUUAUGCUCCGCGAUCUUCAGUCUGGGCGUGAUCCUCGAAACAAUCGACUCCCAUUCCCUGUCCGUAUUCUACCUCGGCCGUGUAAUCUGCGGACUAGGCGUCGGUGGCUCUGCAACCGUGAUCCCUAUCUACAUGUCCGAGAUGAGCCCGAAGGAGAUUCGGGGCAGAUUGGGGAGUUGUUAUCAGCUCACGUAUACGGUUGGGAUUCUUGUUUCGUAUUGGGUUGAUUAUGGGGUUAAGAUGAUGGGGGAGGAGAUGGGUGGUUACUUGCGGUGGGGAGGGGGGGCGGAGGCGUGGGAGAGUCUUGUUUGGGUGAGGGGUGGCGAGGGGGGAGGGGCUAGAAUGGAGUUUGAGGAUAUGAAACGGGGAUUGGAAGAGGAAAGGGAGAUUACUGACGGGGUUUCGGCUUGGGAAUUGGUUGAAGGGGGGAAUUUGAAGAGGAUGGGGAUUGCUGGUGGGUUGUUUCUUGCGCAGCAGUCGACGGGGUCGACGGCAUUGGCGUAUUUCGGACCGCAGUUUUUCGAGUUGCUUGUUGGGGCUGGUGAUAAGACACUUUUAUUGACGGGGAUAUUUGGCGCGAUUAAGGUUGUUGCUUGUUUGAUUUUCGUGGUGUUUUUGUCUGAUCGGUUUGGGAGACGGCCGCUGUUGGGUGGUGGUGCGGCGUUUAUGGCGGUUUGUAUGAUUGUCACUGCGGUUCUUGUGAAGACUUAUCCUCAGCCUGGAGAUGGGACAGUUACCUCUUCGGGGAUUGCUACGGUUGCCUUGAUAUACCUCGAUAUCAUCGCUUACAACUUCAGUUGGGGUCCGUUGCCGUGGCCGUGUGCGAGUGAGAUCUUCCCGACGCGCAUUCGUGAGCCUGGCGUUGCGUUCGGUGUUGGGUCGCAAUGGUUGUUUAAUUUUGUGUGGAGUUUCUCGACGCCGUACAUUCAGCAGAGUCUGGGAUGGGGUACAUUCUUGCUCUUUGGAUUGCUGGAUGUGGUGAUUGUGGGCUUUACCUACUUCUGUCUGAAGGAGACGGCUGGCAAGUCUCUCGAGGAAAUCAAUGGGUUGUUCGAUCGGGUUGAUUUGGAUGCUGAGCAUGGGUGGAAGGAUCUAAAUCAUGAUACUGCAUCGCAUGUACCUGUUGAAAGACAUCAAGAUGCGCGGAUUGAUGCCAUACCAGUGUCCAAGCAUCGGACGGUGCAUGUCGAGUCAACCGCUAGGCGGUCUUAA